AAUGUGGUAAAAAAAAUGAAAGCAAAGAAAUUAAGAAACUGGUUAUUCAGCUCAUAAAAAGAGAACCAGGGUUGCUGUUUGACUUGCUGGAGGAUGAUGGGACACCACCACCGCAGCCACCUCAUCCUGCUGCAAGUAAUAUUCCAUCUUGGUGCAGAUGUUUGAACUGCAGAGAGAUGCCAACGGAGCUUGAGAGGAAGUGCUGUGGCUGUAAGCCAGAAAAUUGUGUCAGCCAGAGAGAUCAAAUGGAUAGAAUUUGCCUGGACCCAGAAGUUCUUGCCAUAGGCCAAGCAUAUUAUAGAGAUAUGCUUGGUCGACAUAGACAACACAUGGAAGAUUAUAACAAGACCAUGCGACAUUCGGGCUAUAGAAACUUUACUCUCUGGCGACAUGGCAGGCUAGGAGCAGGAGUGAGGAGGGUGAUCCCCAGUUGCUGUGUUAGAAGAAUAAGGGACACAUUCCCCUCAGCUUCAGGAACUUACACUGGUUUGUUCCAGGAAGAUAUGUUUGACUCUAAUACAACUGCAAAAAUACAACUCGAAAAUGAGAAUGGUGACCCCAACUUUUUUUUUCGCUUAAAAUGUUUCUGUUAUCAUAUUCUAACAACAUGCAAACAGCAGAAAAGUUUUGUCCAACUUGUUCUAUUUGAUACACUACAAAGACAGUUUCACAAAAAUUUCACACCUAAAUAUGAUUAAAUGUGAUAAAAAAAAAAUCAUUCAAUGUGAUAAUGGGUCUGAGUUUAAAGGGAAAGUAGACAAACUAUGGGAAUGAAACACAAUCAAAAUCAUUUGUUCUUCUCCAUACCAUCCACAGUCGCAAGGUCCAAAUGUGAAAGAACAAAUAGGACAUUAAAAAACAAGAUUCGUUUUGCAUCAGAAAAGCGUAGAGCGGAUUCAAUUGGGUUAAAUUUUGUUUUGUUUGUUUGUUUCAUUUUACGCCUUUUUCAACAGUAUUUCAGUCAUAUAGGCGGGUAGUUUCCUAACCAUCGUUCCUGGAGAGUUACACCAGUACUAAACUACCUUCCUCUGCGCUAAACUACCAAAGCAUCUCCCAGGGAUCGAACCCACGCCAGAGAGGUAUCUGGAUUAGAAGUCAUCGACUCUAACCCCUCGACCACGGAGGCGGUUAAUUGGGUUAAAGGUCUCACAAGGAUUGUGUAUAACAAAAAUAAGACACUUAAAUAAAUAUAAGGGAGCUUGACUCAAUUCGACGUAUAUUAUUCACAUAGCCACGCAUCUUUGAAAAGAACAAAUAAACAGCUCAAGAAAUUAAAACUAAAGUGGCUCAGAAAAAACCUCAAGUAAGCAAGCAAGUGGCAGAUCUAAAAACACAUGACUCAUAUGUUGCUAGUGAAGAAAGUUAAAGCUGAGACUGCAAAAGCUAGAUUGAUGUUUGUGCAGGAAGAAGAAAACUUAAGAAAGGAACAAUAUGAAACCGUGCCGCAGGCUGGCUACACAUAUAUGAUAACAACUUUUAAGUUUAUUAACUAUAAUGAAGGUAAGGAACUUAAGGGCAUAGCUUUUUCAUUUAUAAGCGGAUGCAGACGCCUUUUACAGGAAUCUUAAGUCUGAAGUGAGGGCUGAUAACAAAAGCUUUUGCAAUGCACCUUAAACCAGGUUCAGGGGAAUGAUGGUGCCACCAAAAUCUGGGACAUCACACAAUGUCCAGAGUAGCCAUCUUCUAGAUAUAUUACACAAGUGUUGAAUGCAGAACAGAACAUGAACUACCCAGAGGAAAAGUUAACCUCAACAACACUAAAAGACCUUCGUAAUGACAUAAGAAACAUUGCUUCAAGGUCUCAAUGACCUAGAAAAUAUAUAUAAGGCAGCACAGCUAGCAGAGAGAACACUUACUGCACCCAUAGCCCAUGUUGCUGCAGCUUUCUCAGAUAUUGUAAGCGAAAUGCCACAAAUAGCUGGCCUAUCAGGAAAGAAAGCAGCACUGCCAUGGACACAUGAUAAACUCACCCUACUUGGUCAACAGCCACAGCAAAGAUAUUAAGCAGCAAUAGUGACCACACUUCCAGCAACCACUAGUACCAAGUCUUUCACCUUAUUAUAAAAAUAAGUGAGUGUGACAUUCAAGUCAUUAGGAUGCGAAAGCUGUGAGAAAGGUAGGACACAUUUCUUUAAAUAAUUGCAAAGCAAAAGAUAUUUCAUAAUAUUAUGGCUAAAAGCGUCAAAUUAUUCUCGCUGGCUGCACUGUUCAAUAAGACAAAGAAGAAAACACAUAUUAUUUCAGUAAUUUACAUCAUUCUUUGAUUUAUAUCUUUUUAGAAAAUAUGUUUAAGGUUGAAAAGUCACCACAAAAAAUAUUUUAAUAGGUAAAAAAGUAAAACAUAAAACAGCAUGGACAAUCUGAUAUUGUAUUGUUGUUGCCAAAUUUUCAUUUAUAAAGUUUGUGCUAUGUUGCUAUUAGGGAACUCUAC